AUGUUCCGUCGAAACUACGUCAUUUGCUAUCUUGAAAAUAGCAGCUUUGUUUCAGGUUAUGUGCAAAUAGAAAGUGAUAAACAGCUAUUAGAUACCGUAGUUGGUGCAGUCGGUGCUGGCAAUUUUUCUUAUUGGCAAUUAGGGCACACUGGCCCUUUAAUGAUAGAACUCACAUCUUUAAAGGGUGAUGCAGAUCUUUACGUGUCCAAUACAGUCAGGCCAAGUUACGAGAUAGAUAAGAACAAUUUCAGCUCAGUGACAUGUGGACCGGACAUCGUGAACAUACCCAUCGAAUUUCCGAGACCCAUCGGAAUAGGUGUAUUCGGUGACUGGUCUCAUGCGGUGUCAGAGUACAGUAUACAGGUGUUUCUGGACACCUCGUUGAUGCUGAAGGAGGAGCAGCUGGCUUUCCAGCGGUCACAUGGGGGUUCGGAGAGAGAAGCCAACACUCCAAGAAAGGAGCGUCCUGUGCCAAAGAAGAUGGAUGAUGACCGACCCAGAUUUUUGAACGUUCUUAAUGUACUGGAUAUGAUUUUUGAAAUGUUUGUCUUA